CCCUCUCCAUGUUUGGGACGGUGAAGGGGGGACGGAGUGAGCGGGGAGGGUUCCAGCCUUACUGUUAGAGCGUUUGAGUGGGGGAACCAAAGAAAGGCGCCCGCCCGGAGUAGCGUCUGCCUCCCUCGCCCCCUCACGCUCUUCUGCGGGCCCUCAAAAACGUGCGCAAGGGCGAAUGGUUUUGUUUUUCCUUUAAGAUACUAAGAUACUAAUUUUUUCCAUGCAAUCUCCCUCGAGUGGCCGCCGCUCAACUGGUUCCCGGGGAGAAGAGAAGACGGGGCUGAUUAUUGGAAAUUCCACACUUUCCGGGAAAUUUCCCCACAGCUUCAUUUCGGGCUAGGCGGAGUUUCCAAGCCAUUUAUCCCCCGAGGGCUGCGUAGGCGCCUCCUCCCUGUUAUAAUAGGCGGCGACUUCUGCCAAAGAAGACCGCGUGUUUCCUCAGCCCGUCGGUGGAGAAAGAAGGCUCGGCUGCCAGCUCUGAUUUCUAGACACCGGUCUUCCAUAGAAGAUGAUGCUAAAAUUAAGGCCCUUUUUCUAUAGCAGUCCUCCAAAUUCUGCUAAACAGGCUGAAAACAAGAAGAUAGCCAAAGCUUCGGUAUCUUCUGAAUCAGAACCUGAUUCAUUGUCAAUUGAAUCAUCCUCUGAAGAAGCCCAGCCCAAAAACCACAUGGGAACUGAGAACCACAAGCAGAUUCCUCCCCUUGAAUAUUUUCCUCAAUCACCUUUGGAACUCACUGAAACAGACAAUGUUAAGAAGAAGCCGAAAACAGGAAUAAAAAAAAUAAUUGCUUGGUUUUUUGACAAAGGUGGGAAAAGAAAUGAAAAGAAACCUGAGGAGGAAAACUGUCAACCAAUCACAGUUUUGCCAGUUGACCAAAUCAAGAAGCUGAUUCAGAGCCAACAUUUUUGCGAAGCAAGUGAACAUCUCAUCAUGCAAAAAAAAUCCAACAGCAAUCUGGACAGCAGAAAUGGGGAAGAAACAUUGGACAAUCAGACUGAAAUUGAGGAUUUAUUAGAACUUUUAUAUCAACAGAUUUUCAACACCAUAGAGUCCUCUAUCAGCAUAGCAUUAACAAAGCCAGAAUUGCUGAAAAAUGCCGUGAGCGCAGUUGUUAUGUGGGUGAAGGAGGAGGAGAAUUCCCAGAUCAGAAUGUGGAAAGAGGAAUGGAGGAACACUAUCCAGAAAUCUGUAGAAGAACGAAUGAAUGCACCUCCUUUGGUUUCUAAAGACCUCUCUACUAUUGGUAACACUUUCUUGCAUAUGGGUAAGACUAUGAAGGAUGACAUGAUCACAGUGGUGCAGCAUAUUAAACACCAUUACCCUGAGCAUUUUCAGGUGUGCAACACUUAUGCCAAGUUCUACCACAAUUACUUUUCAUACCAGAUGGAGAUGUGUGCUGAGUUUGAAUUGAACAAACAUGACAAUUACCUUCUUCUCAACUGGACACAAAAUUUAUAUCCAAAUGAUAUUAAAAAGAACAGUGUUUUAGUUAAAGAGUUGGAUGAAGCUAGUAUUGGAAACUUGUUGCCGUUGGGACAGAUCAAACAGCUUGAACAAACAUAUUUGACUCAUGAAACGGAUUUUAUUAGAUGUUGUCUGGACAAAUGUUUGAAAAUAGAAGUCACGAACUGGACCAAAGAGGUAGCACCAGGGAUAUUGAAUGAUUAUUAUCAUAGUGAAUUAUCAAUAGAUGCUAUAAAGGCUAUCUUUGAAACACAAGAGGCCGCUAAGGACAUCACUCCAGAGCUGGGCCACCAAAUGUCAGCUUUACUUUUGACAGAACUCUUGACUUUUCUGCAAUGCUACAAGAGAGACCUGGAGACUUUCAUUAGAAGAAAUCAACAGCAUCGAUAUUUUGAACCGAUAAUAAUUGCAAACAUGAAUAAUUUCGAGAAUUUCCGGGCCCAUACGGAGAAGAGCACAGAUUCAACUAAGAGCGAUGUUAAAACGAACAUCUUUUCCAUGCUUGAUGACCUUCAGACGACUGGGGUUAAUGGGCUUCUUGAACCCUUGUUUUCAGAAAUACAGACACUUUUUAAAAAGUUUAAUGACAAGAAAUGGGAUUCCUGUGGUGGCGUUAUGGAUGAAAUAAUUACAGCCCUGGAUGCCCGUAUCCUUGUGUUCAAGAGGCUUAAAAACCCUCAUCGCCAGGUUAUCAUGGAAAGAAUUCACCUCUAUCUAGUCCAAAAAUACAUUCAAAAGAUUAUAUGGAAAAAAAUCAAAAUCAAAUCUCCUGAAAAGCAAAAUCAAUUGUCUGAACUUAUCUACUACGAUGCCUCUGUUUUGUACAAAUUUUGCAUAGAGAAUGGGUCUAAUGCCACAUGGCUGAAGUCUGCUAUCCCAAGUUUGGCUGAAAUCAUCAGACUUCAAGAUCCAGAUGCUAUUAAACUUGAAGUCAGUGCACUUGCCAGUAAUUAUCCUGAUAUCAAACGGAGACAUCUCAAUGCCAUCUUGCACAUUAAGCACUUAUCCUGUAUCAUCAUUAACAAUAUUGUGAGUGUGCUAGACAUUCAUGGAGGUGUCACACAGCCAUCAUCAUUGCUGUUUCGAGGCAUUAAGGCGCCAUUUGCAGUGCUCUGAUUUGAACUACGCUUACUGUACCUUUUGUAACUUCUAGGCAGGAUAGAAGCAGAAAGAAAAGCUGGAUUAUUCUAUCCUAUGCAAUAUGUAUCAAAAUUUGCUGCCGUUGGAUGGUAUACAGAUAGCCCUUGACUUAUGACCAGUUUUUCAGAAGUAAUUUGCAUUGCCUCCUUCCUAGAGCUGGCAGAAACAGACUGACCCAAGAUCAUCUAAGAUAGCUUUGCGCCUAUGUUGGAACUAAAAUUCACUGUCUCCCGGUUUCUAACCUGAUCACUUAACUGCUACACCAGUCUGGCUCCUUAUAACUGCAUACAAAGCUAAAAUUCCUGUUUCUCAUCUCACCAUUUUUCUUGCUACUUUACUCUGUCAUUUCUCAUCCUGUUUUUUUCCUCUUUCCGAUACAGAAAGAAACAUCUCUGUGCCAUCUUGAACAUUAAGUCCUUAUCCAAUGCCAAGAUUAAAAGCAUUGUGAGUGUACUAAAGAUCCGUGGAGAUG